AUGGAUAUCAAGUCUUCUGCCUCGCAGGUUCCUGCCUCGGUGUCUUUGACAUCUGAGGAAGUUGAGGACGUUGACGAACCCCCGGAGCUGAACCAACAGUUCGAAAGAACCUGUAUUCGACGUCCUCAGGACCAAUCAUCACUUCUUACCAAGGCCAUCAUGGCUGCGCCAGAGGAGGUACCAUCACAACCUGCUCACUCUAUUCUCCUCAGCAGCCAACGCCGACGAUCUAUGACCAGCAACAUCAGCAUUGCUUCGACUGCCGACCUCACCAGUGAUACUGGUAUGACGAGCCCCUGCCGCACCAACACUCCCAGUCCCCCAAUCCCAGAGAUGGCUGCUCUUCGAUUGCACCAAGAAUUCAUGUCUGUGGACAUAAAACAAUUCCCCUCUGCCGGUCCUCAACAUCCCAAGAAGCGAUGUAUUCAGUUCGCAUGUGCUGCCAAACCACCCGUUGCUCUCGCUGAGCCCAUGGUGAAGGCACUAUCUGCAGAGAAGCCUCCUCGAAAACCAUCGAUCAAGUUUGCUUGCACUUCUGGGCCGGCGUCAACUCAGAACACACCUCCAAGGCAGACGUCUGAUCCCGACGCACGACCCUCCCUGCCUACGAAUCCCGAAUCACCAUCCACUCCUAAAAAGACGUCCGCUCUCCCCACCGCCAUCCACCGCCUGUCAAACAAGACCACACUUGCUCGACCAAAGUUUCUCCGUGCCAACUCCAAGGACCUUGCAAAAGACAGCUCGCAGUUUCAUGAAUUUGCAAGUGGUACGUCUCGCGAGGAAGACUGGAUUAGACAACCGUCGUCGACGGUAACAAGGCUCACCAUCCAUGACACAUUGAUGAAAGAAAACCAUUUUCGGCGCCUUGGAGUCGAAGCUGAAGAGGAGGCAGAAUUGGAAGAAGCGGAAGACGAGGACGAUGCUGAGAUUGAGGACGACUACGAAGAUGGUGACGACGAUUUUGAAGAGAAUUCUGAUGGCUAUCACACUGAUUCCGAAACUGGCUUUGCUGAUUCUGAUGAAGAAGAUGAGGAAGAGGACGAGAACAUGAUCCUCUGGACACCCAGUCAUGCUACUACCCGUCACAUCAAGCUCGUGGCUCCUCUACGACGACCGGAGGUGAAUGAGCCUCAGUCUGAUUCUUCUGUCCCCAGUGAUGACAGCCGAUCAAGCAUUCGUCGCGCCAAGCCUCGACGGAUCAAGGCCGAGUCCGACGCACCAGAUCUACCAGACAGCACCGAUUUUGUCUGUGGUACGCUUGAUGAGGACAGGCCUCUGGAAGAAGCGUAUCUGUGUUGCUUGGCAGCUCGCCGGAACGAGAAAUUACGGGUUAUACCGCAAGACAUCGACCCCAGCUUUCCAGCAUCAGACCCUGACGAGGAGGAGGAGGAUGAGAUCUUCAACCCUGUUCAUCAUGACAGCGAUGAAGGUGUCUGGGUUCAAGGCAGGAUGGAGGAUAUCCACCAUGGCCAGGAUCGCUCUCGAAGAAGAAGAAGGAGCGAACAGCCAUCGCCUCGCAAGUAUCACUCUCCGCCGCCAAGAUGGCACCAUUCUCCUGCUCCCAAGAAUCGGGGUCGGUCUCCCAAGCCAUUAUUUAGGCGUCAUUCUCCCAAGAGAAUACGCUCUCCAGCACCGAAGGUGAACACCCCGUCGCAGACUCCACGACAGGGCCCUCACGUUCAGUUCCACCUGGCCGGUCGACCAGGCAUGACACAGACAAAGUCUCUGCCUCGAGCUCCCGCACUGUUUCGAUCCAUGAAGAGCAGUAAGACAGCCAAACACCAGCAUCACCACGAUUCCGACUGCCACCUCCGAGGUGCCAUUGACAUCGUCAAGGGUCUGGAACGCAAGCGCCAACGCCGCAAGGAAAAGUUUUUCCAAAAAUACUGCAAUCGUGCAAGACGCGGCCAAAUACCAGAGCGCAAGCGUCAGCCCGGGCAAGGUGCCGAGCGUAUGAAGGAGCUCGGUUUGCUCAUGGCUGGUAAGAAAGAACAGGGCAACUAUGUCAUGUCUAUCUAA